GGCGUAUAUAUCUGAAGUUAGAAAUCAAUUCAACUUUUAACAGUGUUACAUCAACAAUAUGUGCAUUCUAACGUGACGAACUCACUUUCUAUUGUACCUUUAUCUACAGCUGCCUUUUUUAUUUUCAACAUACCUAAAGAUGGCAGUUCUAGAUACAUCUAGCGAAAGUGAGAUAUUUUACACUCAGAGACAACAAAAAUUGUCUGGUAGAAAUUUAUCUUGGUUCUUAAUAGACUUAGUGUUAAUGAUAUUGACGACAACGGUGAUCGUCAUUGUGUUCUCUGCUCUGUCAUACUUUUCCGAGUUCUUGAGGAAAUAUUAUGUGGCUUAUAUUACAUCAUCACUUGGCCUCUUUCUAAUACUUCUACUGGUAUUCGUGGGAAAGAUUCGAUCUCAAUCAGUCGCUGUUCGUUUACUGCUUGGAAUUACGACUGUACUCUGGUCUGUCAGCUUGGCUGCUAUGUUUGGCUCAAUAUACCUGAAAAAAGGAAUGAUAUCUCUUGUUGUGACAAUCAUGUUGACAACUAUAAUAGUCGUGUUGGCUUUGAAACUACCACCUAUAAAUGAAAGGGGUUUCAUCGUUUUCCUUUCAAUAUCAAUGACCCUCGCAGUUAUAGCGAUUGUCUUGAAAUUUUGUGAUAAGUUCAUCGGAAAUUGUGUUAUCUCCAUUCUAGAUGAGGUUUUUACCGGAUUGUUCUUAAUCUUUGUUAUGUUUAUUUGUCUCAGUGGACGAAAAUUGAUAAUUUGGUGGUUUGCAUCUAUUAACACUGAAUUCAUCCUAGCCUUCGUUGUUUGGUUUCUAAUCAUAAGUCUCUUCGCAGAAACGUACAUGACCUUGAAUUCAUGCAACAGCAAAACUAAUCAGCGUCAUACAGGAGACGAUGAUUUGUACAGUUUUAUCCAGAUUUAAUCAAGGCCACUUUACUGUGUCGGAUUUAUUCUAUUGCUGAUUUGAGAUUUUUGGUUCUCCUUGACAAAAUACUGACGUUGAUUUGGUUUUGUAUUAUAAAGUCUACUUGUGGUUUUAGUUUACUAGACCUCAUUGGUAUUCUGAAAAAAACUGUACUUGGUUGAACAAUGAACACAUGGACACAACUGAAAUUGUCAACAACAAAUCAGUAUCCAUUUAUGAUUGUUUUGUUAGCAUCAUUUUUCAUAUCGGAAUGUGUGCCAAAAAUCUUGAUAUGCUGCAGUCUAUCUUUUGAAAUGCAUUCGAAAUUUCAAAGUCAUGUUUAUUAUUUCUGAACAGAAUAACUAUCCUGUGGAUCUUUUGAUGACGCAACGUUGUGUUAUGAGUAUGAAAAUAUUUUUUUUCAUUUUUUUACAGUGAUAACUAACACACAAUUUAUUUUCCUGGGUUUACUGGAGUUGAGUGUAUCCACUUUGUCAAAAAA